UACAAAUUGUGACUUAGGCGUUUUGUUUAAAUUUUGUUUCGGUUUUAAUUUAUUUUGCUUUUAGUGCGAUGAAGUCAAACUCAGAAUCGGAAGCUCCGGAAAAAUUGGACAAUGAAACUAAAUUAUCAGGCAACUGCACUAAAUUAUUAUCGCUAAAAACGAUACCAUUGGGAACCGUUAUGCUUUUCUUGGCGGCAACGGUAGGCACUGGAAUUCUUAUUGAACUAUUACCGCACUACGCCAAAAUAAUAAGUGAAAGAAACUCAUUCAAUGUCACAACGCAUAAGUCGCCUCAUGAGCGGUUCUACUCAAUUUAUAGCACUAGUCCCACGGAAGAGCACUUAGUGCACGUAGUUGAUGUCUUGAACCGUUUCGGUUAUAAAAGAGUUGAGUUAAACGAGAAUUGGGACUUGCUGUGGGCUCAUGACUAUCCGUUUCGCGUAUUUCCGCAUCUAAAGAAUCUUGAGGCGCAUCAAUUCGUCAAUCAUUUACCUGGCUGUGGUUACCUAACAAAUAAAGUUGACUUAUGUACUACGAAAUUACCUUUUUUGCCACGUGCGUUUCGCCUCCCAAGCCAGAGGGACGCAUUCUUGGAGUACGCAUCGGCGCAUCCGGAGGCACUGUUUGUCCAGAAGCACAACGAGCAUCGUCACAUUAAAGUUAGGUCAAUUAGUGACAUCGACUUGAACUCGAAUGAUUCGUUUGUCCAGGAGUUCAUUGAGAACCCAUUUUUAGUCGACGGUCAUAAAUUUGAUAUCGGUGUCUAUGUUGUGAUUACAUCUGUAAACCCGUUACGAGUUUACAUAUACCACGGCGAUGUUCUGUUCCGUUACUGUCCCGAAAAAUACUACCCAUUCGAUGCUGAAAUCGAGGACAAAUACGUUGUAGGAGACAACUAUUUACCUACCUGGGAAGUUCCGUCAUUACGCAAAUAUUAUAAUAGCUACGGUGGCAGUAUGCGUGCCUCUUUUGAAGCGUAUGUACGUGACCAAGCAAUGGACCCAUCUAAAAUAUGGCCACAAGUCGAAAACAUCAUUCGUACAACUAUUUUAAGUAAAGAAGAAGAUUUAAUUGAUUCACUUCGUAGAUAUAGGAGGCACAAUUUUUUCGAUUUAUUGCGUUUUGAUUUAUUCAUUGACGAGAACCUUGAAGUACACCUCAUGGAAGCCAAUAUGUCACCAAACCUUUCCUCUGCCCACUUCAAGCAAAACACACUACUGUACGAGCAAGUGCUUUAUAGUGUAUUCAAUCUGGUGGGAAUUCGUCCAGUGAGCCAAAUAGGAGAUAAUCGAAAUGCGGUCUCUGAAAUUAUAGCGGCUGAUAAAAAUUUAGCGACUGGCUUAAACAAAUGUGCAUAUAAUGACUGCGAUAAAUCAUGCAAUAAAGAAGAAUGUAGCCUAUGUCUACCCUGUAUAAGUGGAACAGAGUAUGAAUGGCUUCAGCGAGCGCAUGAUGAACACUUGCAUCGCGUUGACAUGAAGCGUAUUUUUCCCAAGCCAAUAAAUGACAUUCAAACAUUUGAUAUCGAUGCGGAAGCUAGAAAUUUGUCAAUCAAAAACGCUUGGAUAACACGCUGGUUUUUUAACAAAUGUCAAUAUGACCGGACGUGGUGUAUGUAAA